UUUUUACCAGAUGACAUAUUUCUACAUGAAAGGUAAUUAUCAUGAUAUAUACGGUGAGUCGUGUCAAGAAGAUAACCUUCCAUGGAUGGAGUAUUUUUGUAAUGUAAAAUGGUGGUUUAUUAUGUCUUUAACUGGUGAUGUGUUCACAUUGAUGGGUGUUUUAUGGAUAGUGACAACGCUCGGUGAGGACAGUGAUUUCAAACAGCCUUUGAAAGAAUGGGACAAGAAUGUUGUGUAUAUUGGCUCAGGAUGUUUAUUGACAUGGUUUUCUAUGUUACGAUUUAUAAAAAUUAAUCACAAGUUCACGUUGUUGUUCAAAACACUCAAAAGAUCAGCUGUAGACGUCAUCUUUUUCAUGACAUGUGUAACCAUCAUCUUUGUGGGUUUUCUGUUUUGUAUUUAUAUUGUACUUGGACCAUACAAUGUUCAGUUUGACAAACUUUCUACAACUGCGGAAACAUUAUUUUCGUUGAUAAAUGGUGACGAAAUUUUUGUUUCGUUUGAAUAUCUAAAAAGGGAAGAGGCUGGAGACCAAAAAAGAAUAUAUUUAUUUUCAAGAGUUAUCAUUUUUGUCUUUGUUAUCAUCUUCACUGUGUUUGUAUUAAACCUCUUGAUAGCUUUGUUCAACAGCGCUUAUGAAGUCGUUAAGAAUUCAUAUGAUCAAGAAAAAGAAACGGAACAAACAAGAAGGGAGACCGUACCAAAGACGCUGACGUAUUUCAUGUGUAAAGAUUUCGAAGAAAGUGCAAAAUUUGACAGGUGUUGCGGUGCCUCGCUUGAUGGAAAAAAGUUAUUUAGCCACAGAUGUUUCACGAAAAAUGAUGAUGGGUGUAAUGGUUGUACAUGUGGAGUUUUCAACACACUGGUUCAUUUCUUAUGCUGCAAUAUUUUUACAAUUUGUUGUUGCCAUUGUAAGGCAACAACAAAGUAAAGAGAACAAACUACGUUAUUUCCUCAAGCAGAAAGUAUGAUGCUGUUCGCAAUAUAAGACUUCAGUGUCGCAUCAUUGGUAUAAAGUGUUUUUUACAUUCAGCAGUUUUCUGAACAUACGUCUAGACAUUUUUGUACAAUGUAAGUUAUCUCUUUAUAUUUCACUUUCUAAACGACGAAAGGAAAAACAAAUCUGGAUGAAUUUGAUCCCUCGGUAGCAUAAAUCACAACAAAAUUACAUGAAAAUUGCAGAUUUGCUUAGAUUGAGGAUGUAUAUGAGGGAUUUAUAAAACAGUGCAACAUCUCUCACGUCCUUCCCCACAGGAUUAAGCGGUACACUUAAAAUUUUAGAAUUAUUGAUCCCGAACUACUCCAUUUAAGGGUGAUAUGCUUUUUUAACUUGUCUCAAAUUGCAAUGACGAGAUAUUAACACGAUUUUAUAUGUUUAUGAUAAAAAAGGACACUCGAUUAUCUGUGAGCACGAUAAAUUGGUGGUUUCGAGUCCUAUGAAGGACUUUGGAUUUUUUUCAUGUAAAUACCGGAGCAUUGGUGGUUCUACUCUGGUGAUCGAUUUGGCAUGAAAUAAUGCACAAAAGGGCAACUGAGGUAAUCCUCAACAAAUUAACUUAUAAUGUCGCUAUAUGACCUCUACUUCGUUAGUGCAAUGUAAACCUCGAAAAAAUAAGAUGAGUGUAUAUUUGCUUAUAUAUAUUCUUAAAUGAACGUUAUUGUUAUUUUAUUAUUUAUAUAAGUUAAAGUUCGAUUGUAGAGAAAGCUACUUGUUUAUAUGAACCAUAUCAUAGUGCGCUUCCUGAAAUGAACCUGUACUUGAGAUACCUGGUUCUAAAUUUAACAAAGAUCCAAAAAUAAUAUUUUUCAUUUUAGAAUUAGCCAUAGAAUUGUAGAAACAAAUCACACGCUGAAAACAAAUGAAGCUUAGUUAUGAAGAUGCUUGCCAAUUUGCCAAAGACAUUAAGAAACUUUGAUUCAUUUGUUCAAUGACUGUGAAGUGAUGAAACAAUUUUGGCUGCAACUUCAAUCUUAAUAACAAAUAAAUGUAGUAUUAAUUUUGAUAGCUGGACUGCUUAAGAUAUAUUAUUUGGUAAUACAAAGUUGGAUUUUAUCUUAAAUAAGAUAAUAUUUCUUAUAAAUUAUAGUAAAAUAAAACAAAUAAGGCCUCGAUAAGAAACUUUAACGGCACAAAUUGUUGCCAAUUAUAACAUUGAAAAAAUUGUUGCCAAACAAACUGUCAAGUAUAAAAAGUUUGACAAGUCAUGGGAAAAGUUAAAUGCCUAGUUCCUCCAGCUCCAACUCAAUGGAGAAUAUUAUAUACAUGUACAUAUAAUUCAUAGGUUUUAUGUAAUUUCUAUUUACUUUUUCCACAAUACAGUACAUGAUUACAGGUUUAAAAAUCAGGACAAAAUAUAGAAAUAAAAAAGAGUUUUUUAAAUCCUACUCACUAGCAUUAUAAAAUGUGAACAUUUGCCGCCUUAUUCGCAUCCUUUCUGAUUCUCUUGUUAAAUCGUUUUUGCAUGUAUUUAUAUUUUAUUCCUUUACUUGUCAGUAAGAAGGAAACCCUUGUGCACCAGAGACCUUUGAUAUGUCAUUUU